CGUCCCGCCUAGCCGUGCUCCACCUGCGCGCCUUCUGCCGCUCGCCCACCUCUCGGUUCUGCGCCGGCGCGGUGCCCACGAGGCGCAUGCGCGGUGCGGGGGCCCGCCGCUCUGUCUCUGCCGUCGCCGCAGUCGCAGCUGUUGCCGCCUCCCUACCGGCAAGCGUGUGAAGGAGGGAACCACAGGGCUGCUGCCGCGGUCGCCGACGCCAUGGGGAGAAAGUCAAGCAAAGCCAAGGAGAAGAAACAGAAGCGGUUGGAGGAGCGAGCAGCCAUGGAUGCCGUUUGUGCCAAAGUGGACGCCGCCAAUAGGCUUGGAGACCCACUAGAGGCUUUCCCAGUGUUCAAGAAAUAUGAUCGAAAUGGGUUGAACGUCUCUAUUGAAUGUAAGCGAGUGUCUGGACUGGAACCAGCCACUGUGGAUUGGGCCUUCGACCUGACUAAAACCAAUAUGCAAACCAUGUAUGAGCAGAGCGAGUGGGGCUGGAAGGACAGAGAGAAACGAGAGGAAAUGACAGAUGACCGAGCCUGGUACCUCAUUGCUUGGGAAAACAGUUCCAUCCCCGUUGCUUUUUCUCACUUCCGGUUUGACGUGGAGUGCGGGGAUGAAGUCCUGUACUGCUAUGAAGUGCAGCUGGAAAGCAAGGUGCGGCGGAAAGGCCUGGGGAAGUUCCUCAUACAGAUCUUGCAGCUCAUGGCCAAUAGCACACAGAUGAAGAAGGUUAUGUUAACAGUAUUUAAACACAAUCAUGGCGCCUAUCAAUUUUUCAGAGAAGCGCUGCAGUUUGAAAUUGAUGACUCUUCCCCUAGCAUGUCUGGUUGCUGUGGCGAGGACUGUUCCUAUGAGAUCCUGAGCCGGAGGACCAAGUUUGGGGAUAGCCAGCACUCCCACGCAGGCCUAUCCUCUUCCCUGGUCUCAUGCUGCUUGACAGGUACCCUCAGAGCUGGUGCCACCUCAGUCUUGCAUGUGCCAGGCUGUACCCUGAGAGCACAGGACCCUGGGGAGGAGGUCCAGACUACCCUCCUCCUCUCUCCUAGAAGACCAGAGUGCCAGGAGGGAGUGGAGAGAGAAGAGUUGGUGGAGGCUCAGCCACAAAGUCCAUCUUCACCCAAUGGCUGCCUCUUUGCUUGGCUGUUGCGCCCUCAAGCAGAAGUUUCCCACACUUCUCUGCAGCUGGAUUCUCGACAGCCCCUCCCACAUACACACUUGGACAAAUGGAAUAUUUAUACCUGUCUUUAUGGAAGUCCUAGAGUCCUGGGUUUGGGGUCUGCUCAUCCCCAAAGAUUAAUGGACCUGGUGUAAGAUCUGGACAUAGAGGCUUCAGAGAGACUCGUGCUUUUGUGGAUGGAACGCUCUGGUGCAGACUGAGGGAAGAUCUUUUGUGCCAAGAUACAAGGAAGGAAAGAAAGCUCUUUUUCGUUGUCUUAAUGGAUCUGCAGAAUAGGGUUGUCUCGGGAUCAGCCAACUCUGGGAGGAAGGCUUUCUCUCUCUCCAUUCUGUCAGCAAGAGAGAAGCUGAGAGAACCAGACGCAAGGUGUUGUGUAGGGCCUGUGUGGGCAUGAAGACUUCUCUGGGCUCUUGGACUUUGCUGCAUUCUAAGCUUAACCUCUUGAUCUCAUGGCAGUGACUUGAGCUUUUCAUUCGUGGAAGAAAGCCAGAGGUUCUGCUUGUUUCUCUCUGUCUCUCCUCACUAUUCUUUUUCCCUGGCCUCUCAUCUCUACCCUAGAUACCUCUUCUUAGUCUCAAGGGGGGAAUAACAUCAGGGAGCCCCUGUCUUCCUCCAGAAGGACCCCUCGUUCCCUGAUGUAGUUAAUGCCGUUUCCUCUCAUCUCUUGGUGCUGAUAGUUCUCUGAAGGUGGGGCAUCCCUCCCCACUGCCGCCCUCCCUCUUCAGAGAGUCCCCAGCCAGCAGCAGGCCCCUCUGCCUGCACUCCCUAGCCUUGCCCCUCGCUGCCUCAGUGAGGCACUGGUGCCACGGCCCUGGCCCAGGCAAGCCACAGCUCAGCCUGUAGCAGGAAUGCCUCUCAGUGGCCAAAACAGCUGCUUUUCUCUCUGUCACCCUGUGGCAGCAGGCUGGAGCAGGGUGAGGAGAAGGCCUUCUCUGCCGGGAUGGGAUGCAGACUCAGAACUUAACACUCAUCCUGAUCUCUAGGCCCUAUGCCUGUUCCAGGGAAGAAAAACCAGAUCCUUUAACAAGAAAAAAGUACCUAACACCUCCCCUUGGACAUCCCUAAGCUCUGCUUUAGGGAGUAUUGUAAAGGUUCUAGCCUUUGUGAAGUUGCUUUCAUGGAAGUCUGUCAGUCCUUCUGACCUCAGCGUCUACUCACAGCCUGCCCUCUGCCCGACUUAGGAAAUCUGUCUUGGCAGAUCUCCCCCGGGUGAUCCUUGCUUCUCACCCAGAUACCUGCUUGUGCAGGGGCCUGUGCUUGCUGGGCCUCCUUUGCCUGGCCUGGCCCUCUGGCGAGCACUCUGCACGCUGCUGUUGACCCCACCAGCAGUGAGGUUGGUGCUCCUUGGAGAGGGCCUCAAGGCUUUACACUGGCAUAGCCUGCCUCUGCCCCACCCUGCUGACUCCCCAGGAGAGAGUUGACCUUGCUGGAGGGUAUUGGUAAGAACCGUGAAACAACAGAAGUGUGUUUAGGAAGAGGUUUUCCUCUUGUCUCUGUCUCUCAAAGGACACAGAAUGAUAUAUAUUUAUUGUCUUAGAUCAUGGAUUUCUGAUACAUCCCACUCAAUGGGGACCUAAAGGAACCCCCAAUGUAGAUCCCACGUAAGGUAAAUUCAGUAUAUGUUGUCUGUUUCCAGUGAUUAGACACUUGGCACCAAGCCUAUCGGUAGACAGGUGCUGGGUGCCCUGCUCAUGCCAGCCUCAGUAUGCCACAUCCCCGAGGCUCCUCAAGAGGUCUGGGCUGUGGCAGGAUAGGCGCUGUCUGAGACUAGCAGAUUACUCUGCUGUUGGUGUUGAGCCCAUUAAUUUCUAAAACAUCAGUCUUUCUUCACUUCCCUAGGUCUUGGUUUUGAGAAAUGUAGCAGAUUUUUUUGUACUGGCUUUUUUGUUUGUUUUUGUUUGGGGCAUGUUAAAAUAUUUUGUAAGAGUUUAAAAAUUUUAGUUGUUUCCACCCUAUUUGAGGUUAUUUUUGUUGUCAUCAAAUGUGUAUAGGACAUGCGUAUGGUUCUUUUUAACCCUUUCUGAUGUUUUUAGAGGGAACUUCAAAGAUAAACUUCUUGAUGUAUUUUUUUCUUCAGCAAGUUAUCACUGGAAUCAAAGGGAAAAAGUGAUUUCUUUGCAUUGGUUGUAUUUGUAUGUCACAAAUAAAAGACACUUUGU